UCUAGACAGUCUUGGCCAGCCUACCUGGGCAGGUUGUUGUGAGGCUCUAAGCUAGGGCCAGCCAGUGCCCCACCUUCUUGGCAGGCUGCGAGCUGCCCUCUGAAGAAAACCUGGGGUUGAGCAUCUCUGGACUGCAGGGCUCCCGUGGGCCGGCAGAGGGCGCGAAGACACGUCCUUUGCUGCCCCCUGGUGGCCGGUAGCGGCGUUGCUGCUCGGCUGUACGUCAAGGGCCGGGAAAGGCCGCAGCGCCUCCCUCAAUAAAGAUGGCGGCCGCGGCCUGUAAAGCGCUUCUCCGGCCUCCCCGCUGGCGCUUCCUCGGCAGCUGCAAAAGCCCAGGGGCCGCGGGAGUCGGAACGCGGGGGCUGGGCAGGUGGCCGGUGCGGGGAGCAACGGCUUCCUGGCGACGGGCCUUGACGGUGGGCCCUGGAGAGCGGCCGCAACAGGAGGACCGGCUCGUCAAGGCGGCAGCGGCGCAGUACCGGCUGGUGUUCACGUGCAAGGUAUGCAGGACACGAUCUGCGAAAACUAUUUCCAAGGCGGCUUACCAUCAUGGAGUUGUGGUAGUGAAAUGCUCGGGGUGCAACAACCAUCAUGUGAUUGCUGAUAACUUGAGCUGGUUCUCCGACUUGGAAGGGAAAAGGAACAUUGAGGAAAUCCUCGCAGCCAAAGGAGAGAAAGUGAGGCGAGUAGCAGGCGAAGACACUCUUGAACUCUUAGUUGAAGACCCCAAAUUGCUGGAACCUCUGAUCAAAGGAGGAGAAAAAGAUCCAGAGUGAUCAGAACAGAUGUCUUCAAUCAACCCAGAAAAAAAAAAAA